AUGGCAAAGAAGAACAUCACCGUAAACCAGAUCGUCAAGCUCAUUGUCGGCGCUGGCCAGGCCUCGCCCUCACCGCCUGUCGGUCCUGCUCUUGGAUCCCGUGGUGUGAAGUCUAUGGAUUUCUGCAAGGAAUUCAAUGCCAGAACCGCACACAUCGAAACCGGCAUACCGAUCCCCGCGCGCAUCACAGUUCGGCCCGACCGAACCUUCUCCUUCGAACUCCGUACCCCCGCGACGUCAUGGCUCCUCCGGAAGGCUGCCGGGGUACCUGAGGUGAAGGGAAAGAUGAAGGGCGCACAUAACCCCGGAAAGGAAUUUGUGGGCGAGGUCUCACUAAAGCAUAUCUACGAGAUUGCAAAGAUCAAGAAGAGUGAAGAGCGUCUAUCCGGGUUAUCAUUGGAUGCAUUAGCAAAGUGCGUUAUCGGUACAGCAAAGAGCGCCGGUAUAAAGGUCUCUCCGUGA